GGUAGAAGAAGUAGAAAUUUUGAAAAAUCCUUAAGAAAAAUAAAAAUGGCACAUGAUCAAGUAUGGUUUUCUAGACCUCGUUCAUAUGGUAAAGGAUCUCGAGGAUGUCGAGUUUGUGGACAUGUAGCAGGAUUAAUUCGAAAAUAUGGAUUAAAUAUAUGUAGACAAUGUUUUAGAGAGUAUGCAAGCAGUAUUGGAUUUCACAAACAUCGAUAAGUGAGAUAAUAAAAAGAAGUUUUGUAGUAAAAAAGUGAAGUAAAAAGUGAUGUAAAAAAUAGAGAUUAGAUA